CUGGCACAAGCCGCUCGCCAGACUCUAGACAGGCCACAGCAUGCCGCAGCGCUGGGAACAGAGAGCAGGGGAGCCGAGGGAGGAGGGAGGGAGGGGUGAAUGAGGAAGACUGGGGAAGCACACGCGGAGCCCCUUCACGGGGCUCGCCACAGACUGGGAGGCCCUCAGAACUCGUCUUUGAGGGCCUUUGCGGGGAAGGCCUUGACGAUAGUCUUGGCCAGCUUCGCCUUCACCAUGACGACCUUGCCAAAGAUCUCGCGCUUCCCAGCCUUGGUCGCCUUCUUCUGGCGGGUCUUGAUCAUCACGACGCCCAGGAUGACGAACUUGCCGCUCUUCUUCGCCUCUGUCGCUGCAAUGCUCGCCAGAGUGCUUCAGGCCGUGCCGAUCACGCCCCUCUUCACCUCGCAGGCCUCCGCGAGCGCUGCGGUGAGGGCGCUCUUAGUCAUGACCGUGGACUUCAUCAUCGGCGCCAUAUCUGCUGUUUGGGUGGGGAAGCAGCAGCGCUGCCGAUGCCUUCUGGUCUGUGGGUGUGGGCCAGUACUUGAGCCAAAGAGUCCAGGGGCGGCUUGGGGCCCUAAGACAGGGCACCACCUGCGAAUGUUGUGGCAUGAUGAGGACAUGCUGGCGCAGCCACCUUCGCUGUGGUGGGGGGCGGGCGCAUAAGCGAGGAUGAUGGGAGGAGGGCGAGUAGGGCAGGACCGGCCAGCAUCGAGUCGAGAAAUCGAAAACGAAUCGGAACGUGCCUCGGAUCGGGCCGCAGCGGCACGGAGCCGAGAUCGAACCGCACCGGCUGCACCAAGAUGCACAGCAGCGCCAUGCAAACAUCGGGCCGCAACGG